AAUCAGUUGGCCCAAUGGUCCGGGAAAUGAAAUGAGUCCCUGAUCGUCGCUGUCGCUGGAGCUGUCGCUGCUUGUCUCAGAUCUUUCUCCUUGGCCUCUUCCUGGCGACGAUUCAGACAACUGCGAGUCUGCGACUGCCACCAUGAAGACAGAGGCAUGGACGCAGAUUCUACACACUCUGGCCACGAUUACCCGCCAGGCUGGAGAGGAGAUCGUCGAGCGUAUAACCACGCCCGUCAAUCUGACUGUCCUGCCUGAUGGGGGGAACCAGUCGAGCCCGCAUCUGUGGGGGAUUAUGUUUGAGGAAAUGGAUCAUUCAGGCGAUGGCGGAAUCCACGGCAAUCUCCUGCAGAACAACGGCUUCCAGGGCUCCGACACCGGAUUGACAGGCUACAAGGCCAUUGGCAAUGCGCACAUUUCCGAGUCGAACACCCCCCUCAGCGACGCGAUCACAUCGACUCUCGCGCUGUCCGUGCGCAGCGACGCGACCGGCUUCGUCGGAUUCGCAAAUACGGGGUACAAGGGUGUGCCGGUGCUCGACGCGACUUACUCAAGCACAUUCUGGAUGAAGGGCGAGUACGAUGGGACGGUGAUGCUGCGGCUGGUCAAUUCCGAGGAUGGGACCGUCUACGCGAGCCAUAAUGUCACGGUGGAGAAGUCGAGGCAGGAGUUUGAGGAGUACCAUGCUACCUUUGAGGCGGAUGCGUCACCGACGGGUGAUAACGAGUGGCAGCUACUGGUUGAUGCGGAGAAGGCCAAGGGCCAUAUUCUGCGAUUUGGCCUUGUGCAGCUGUUUCCGCCGACUUGGAAUGAUAGGGCGAAUGGCUUGAGAGCGGAUAUCAUACAGCCCAUCUACGACCUUAACCCGAAGUUUCUGCGCUUCCCUGGGGGGAAUAACAUAGAGGGAAUCGAUGUUGACAGCCGCUGGAAGUGGAAUGAGACAAUCGGGCCAGUGGUCAAUCGACCAGGACGAGACACCCCCUGGCACUAUCCAAACACGGACGCCCUUGGCCUGGACGAAUACCUCUGGUGGUGCGAAGACAUGGGCAUGACCCCAGUGCUCACCGUCUGGGACGGGAAGUCCUACGAUGAGAUCCUUUCAGGAGACGACUUGCACCCGUAUCUAGACGACAUCCUAGACGAGCUCGAGUACCUCCUCGGCCCAACCAACAGCACCUACGGCUCCCUCCGCGCCGAAAACGGCCGCGAGGAGCCCUGGCCCGUACAGUAUAUCGAAAUCGGCAACGAGGACGACUACACCGGUGGCUGCGCCACCUACCCAGACCGACUGAUCCAGAUCUACAACACAAUCCACGACGCCUACCCCAAUCUCACCUUAAUCGUGGAUAAUAUGAACCCCAACUGUCUCCCCGAGGAACCGCUGCCCGAUGUCAUGUACGACUUCCACUACUACCGCACGCCGGACGUCCUGGUGGAUAUGUUCAAUUACUGGGAUAACCAGCCGCGCGACCAGCCCGUGAUUGUGGGGGAGUUUGGGUGUAGGAAUCACUCGGACCCCGAUGGGUUGUUCUGGGCGUUUGUCAAGGGCAGUUGUAGUGAGGCGGUGCAUAUGAUUGGCAUGGAGAGGAAUAGCGAUGCUGUUCUGAUGGCCGCUUAUGCGCCCUUGCUGCAGCAUUUUGGGUAUAUGCAGUGGUCGCCAACCCUGUUCGGCUUCGACUCAAACCCCGACUCCCUCACCCUCUCAACCUCAUACUACGUGCAAAAGAUGUUCGCAACAAACCACGGAACGAAAAUCCACCCGGUCGAAUCUGACUCCGGCUUCGGGCCUAUCUACUGGGUUGCCUCGAGCAAUGACACGCACUACCAGAUCAAGCUCGCCAACUAUAACCCGGAGAACCACACGGUGAAUGUGCAAGUUCCCGGCGCGAAGAAUGAGACGGGGUCGCUGGAGAUGCUCGCGGGGGAGGAGAAUGCGAGUAACCAGCCGCAUGAUAUUGUUGUGACGCCGACGGUGGAUGAGAUUAAGAAUGGGAGUGCUGGGUUUACGGUGCAUAUGCCGCCGUAUGGGGUGGCGGUUUUGGUUGUUUCUUAGCUUGUUCCGUUACGGCUCGCGCAUUAGAUGAUAUCUGAACAUAUAGACGCAUUAUGUAUCUACUUGGCAAUGUAUAACUCUAACAAAGUAACGAACG